AGAGGAGAAGGAAGAAGAAGAAAAAGAAGAAGAAACCACUACCUUCCCAGGAUUGCCUUUUUUUUCUUCCUUAUCUUUACGCGCGCGUGUGCGUGUAGCGCGUGUGCGCCCCUCGUCCCUUCCAUCCGAACCCGAUCUUGGAUGUUUAAUAAAGAAAUCAAGUGUCUCAACAGUCACCAAAAAAAAAAAAAACAAACAAAAAAAAUUUUCCAAAAAGCAAAAACAAAAAGAGAGAGAGAGAGGAAAAAAAAUUCAAAACAAAACAAACAAACAAGGCAGAACCAACCUCUACUUCAAACCAGCCGGCACAAGCCACCCGUGUCUGCCACCCAGAGAGGGGGGUCUCUGGCCCGUGGUGGAGGAGUUGCAGGGGGGAUCGUCAGGGGGACAGAGGCCGAGUGACGCCCUAGGAGCCACCGGGCAGGAGGCGGAGGAGACCCAGAGAGGCGAGAGAGACAGCGGGCCCCCGCGCGCGGCUCGGGGCUGGGGCGCCAGAAGUGGGACUGAAGCGAAGUAGAGCGAUGCCAAGGAGGAAACAGCAGGCACCCAAGCGGGCGGCAGGCUACGCCCAAGAGGAACAGCUGAAGGAAGAGGAGGAAAUAAAAGAAGAAGAGGAGGAGGAGGAAGACAGCGCUUCAGUAGCGCAGCUUCAGGGCAGCAAUGACCCAGGGACGGACGAGGAGCUAGAAACGGGCCCAGAGCAGAAAGGCUGCUUCAGCUACCAGAACUCUCCAGGAAGUCAUUUGUCCAAUCAGGAUGCGGAGAAUGAGUCUCUGCUGAGCGAUGCUAGUGAUCAGGUGUCAGACGUCAAGAGUGUCUGCGGUCGACAUGCCUCAGACAAGAAAGCAAGCGUGCACCCCAAACUUCCCAACGAAGCCCACAAUUGCAUGGAUAAAAUGACUGCUGUCUAUGCCAACAUCUUGUCUGAUUCCUACUGGUCGGGCCUUGGUCUCGGUUUCAAGAUGUCCAACAGCGAGAGGCGGAAUUGUGACACCCGAAAUGGCAGCAACAAGACUGAUUUUGACUGGCACCAAGACGCUCUGUCUAAAAGCCUGCAGCAGAACUUGCCUUCCAGAUCCGUGUCGAAGCCCAGCCUGUUCAGCUCGGUCCAGUUGUACCGGCAGAGUAGUAAGAUGUGCGGGACUGUGUUCACGGGGGCCAGCAGAUUCCGGUGCCGGCAGUGCAGUGCUGCCUAUGACACCUUGGUCGAGUUGACUGUGCACAUGAACGAAACGGGCCACUAUCAAGAUGACAACCGCAAAAAGGACAAGCUUAGACCCACGAGCUAUUCAAAGCCCCGGAAAAGGGCUUUCCAGGAUAUGGACAAGGAGGAUGCUCAAAAGGUUCUGAAAUGUAUGUUUUGUGGCGACUCCUUCGAUUCCCUCCAAGAUUUGAGCGUCCACAUGAUAAAAACAAAACAUUACCAAAAAGUGCCUUUGAAGGAGCCAGUACCAACCAUUUCAUCGAAAAUGGUCACUCCAGCAAAGAAACGCGUCUUUGAUGUCAAUCGGCCGUGUUCCCCCGAUUCAACCACGGGGUCAUUUGCAGAUUCGUUUUCUUCUCAGAAGAAUGCCAACUUGCAUUUGUCCUCCAACAACCGCUAUGGCUACCAAAACGGCGCCAGCUACACUUGGCAGUUUGAGGCCUGCAAGUCCCAGAUCUUAAAGUGUAUGGAGUGUGGGAGCUCGCACGACACCUUGCAGCAGCUCACCACCCACAUGAUGGUCACGGGUCACUUUCUCAAGGUCACCAGCUCUGCCUCCAAGAAAGGGAAGCAGCUGGUGUUAGACCCACUGGCCGUGGAGAAAAUGCAGUCGUUAUCAGACACCCCAAACAGUGAUUCUUUGACUCCCAAGCCAUCAAGCAAUUCAGCUUCUGACUGUACAGCCUCUACAACUGAAUUAAAGAAAGAGAGCAAAAAAGAAAAACCAGACGAAAUCAACAAGGAUGAGAAAAUCCUGAAAAGUGAGGAAUACGAAGACCCUCUACAAAAACCUUUAGACCCUACAAUAAAAUAUCAAUAUCUAAGGGAGGAGGACUUGGAAGAUGGCGCAAAGGGUGGAGGGGACAUUUUGAAGUCGUUGGAAAAUACUGUAACCACAGCCAUCAACAAAGCCCAAAAUGGGGCUCCCAGCUGGAGCGCCUACCCCAGCAUCCACGCAGCCUACCAGCUGUCGGAGGGCACCAAGCCGUCUUUGCCCAUGGGGUCCCAGGUCCUGCAGAUUCGGCCUAAUCUCUCCAACAAGUUAAGGCCAAUUGCACCGAAGUGGAAAGUCAUGCCACUGGUUUCUGUGCCCACAAACCUGGCCCCAUACACUCAAGUUAAGAAGGAGCCAGAAGACAAGGAUGAAGUCGUGAAGGAGUGUGGGAAAGAAAGUCCCCAGGAAGAGGCAUCGUGUUUCAGCUACAAUGAGGGGGAUUCUCUCUCCAAAAGCGAAACCCCUGCAGAAUCCAAAAAGGCUGAGCCCUGUCCCCCGAAGGAGGAGGACAAGCUGAUGAAAGAGGGUGGGGAGAAAGAGAAACCCCAGCCCUUGGAGACAGCGUCUUCUCUUAGCAAUGGAUGCGCCCUUGCCAACCACGUUUCGGCCCUGCCGUGCGUCAACCCGCUCAGCGCCCUGCAGUCCGUCUUGAACAAUCACCUGGGCAAAGCCACCGAAGCCCUGCGCGCUCCUUCCUGCUCCAGCCCAAGCUCAAGCACAAUUUCUAUGUUUCACAAGUCGAAUCUCAGUGUCAUGGACAAGCCGGUUUUGAGUCCUGCCUCCGCAAGGCCGGCCAGCGUGUCUAGGCGCUACCUGUUUGACAGCAGCGAUCAGCCCAUCGACCUGACCAAGUCCAAAAGCAAGAAAGCCGAGUCCGCGCAAGCACAAUCCUGUACGUCCCCGCCUCAGAAGCACGCUCUGUCUGACAUCGCCGAUAUGGUCAAAAUCCUCCCCAAAGCCACCACCCCAAAGCCCGCCGCCUCCUCCAGGGUCCCUCCCCUGAAGCUGGAGAUGGAUGUCAGGCGCUUUGAGGAUGUCUCCAGCGAAGUCUCGACUUUGCAUAAAAGAAAAGGCCGGCAGUCCAACUGGAACCCUCAGCAUCUUCUGAUCUUGCAAGCGCAGUUUGCCUCGAGCCUCUUCCAGACAUCGGAGGGCAAAUACCUGCUGUCGGAUCUGGGCCCACAAGAGCGAAUGCAAAUCUCCAAGUUUACAGGACUCUCGAUGACCACUAUCAGCCACUGGCUGGCGAACGUCAAGUACCAACUUAGGAAAACGGGCGGGACAAAAUUUCUGAAAAACAUGGACAAGGGACACCCUAUCUUUUAUUGCAGUGACUGUGCCUCCCAGUUCAGAACCCCUUCUACCUACAUCAGCCACUUAGAAUCUCACCUAGGUUUCCAAAUGAAGGACAUGACCCGCAUGGCCGUGGAACAGCAAAGCAAGGUGGAGCAGGAGAUCUCCCGGGUGUCGUCGGCUCAGAAGUCUCCGGAAACAAUAGCUGGCGAAGAGGACACAGACUCUAAGUUCAAGUGUAAGUUGUGCUGUCGGACAUUUGUGAGCAAACACGCAGUAAAACUCCACCUAAGCAAAACGCACAGCAAGUCACCCGAACACCAUUCACAGUUUGUAACAGACGUGGAUGAAGAAUAGCCUGCAGGUAUGGGUUUGCUCCCAGGUGAUUGUGACAGUGGCCUUGUGAGGAGCUUCUGGAAGGGAGAUGGGUCUGUUUAGAGACAGCUAAUGUCUCCCAAUACCAAGAGGACAGUAGCCUGCUGGAAUAGGACUUAUUUUUAUGAACGACUAGAACGUGAUAAAUAAGUCCUAACCAUUCUCUCAAUUUCUCCAGUUUAGUGUUGGGAAAUAGAAUACAAUGGGUUUAGAGAGAUGGAGUUCACAGAUUACUGCUUCAUGACACGUGAUCCCUUUAGUUACCCAAGGCCCAAAUUUCAAGGUCCAGCCAAGGCUACACCUCAUUUUAAUUAAUAAGGACUAACUUCUCUCCUUGUCCCAUUUCACCACCUCACCUUCCCAUAGCAAUGCUAAUGACUUACAAAGUGAUUAAAAAAAAAAAAAAAGAUGAGCAACAGAAUAAAGAUUGUAGAGUUCCUGGGGGCAGCUGCUGUACAGAGAUUUCUUAAUCAGCUCAUGAAUAGCUUAAAGUUGUCUUGAUCAUUAUUACUUGUAAUUAAUGUUUUUUGCAGCUUACUUUCAAGCAAUUGCUACCUUCCACUCCCUUCCCUUUGUUUAUUUCCUCCCUUAGAGUUUCUAUGAAAGAGCAUCUACCCUGUAGUCAGAUGGUAGAAAAGUAUUCUCUGUAGAACAUUGAGAUGAAAAGAGAAGAAGCUUAUUUUCUUCUCAUCUUUUGGUUUUCUUUAGGAUAGACUAAUAUCAGAGUCCGCCUCUAACAAAGAUAGAUGCAAUGCAUGCCCUUGAGAUUUUAUUUUACAUAAAGAAACAAAUGACUUUCUGCGCCCCCAUUGCCAAUGCCCAUGGGGUCCCACAGCUUCAAGGUGAUUUGCAUCACGUAUCAUAGAAGUUCUAUGCCUUGUAGAGUCACUGGUGCCCAGACUAUCUAUGUCAUCUCCAGGAAAGAGGACAGAGACCAAGGUCACAUACCUUAGCAGACUAGUCACACCGGCCACUUUCAAAUGUUAAACAUAAGCAAGUCUGGGUCUCAACAAAUCCGUUUCAUCUCCUUUUUUGUAUUUUCUCUACUUUCUUUUUUCUGCCCUCCAGCAUGAUACCCCCCACAUGCUAGGAACCCCCUCACAUAUUCAGGUUGUCCUCCAUCUCUGGCCACAUCCCGGGAUGAAAACCCAACCUGACUUAAGCCUUCGGCACUUGCCAGUUCUGUUUAUAUCAUGUUAGGUUACAGAUUAGCUCUUUCGGUUAAUUCACAAUAAGAUAUGAACAGCUAGUAAUAACUUAAUGCAUAAUCCCUCAUCAUCCCUAUUGUGAAAGCAUUUGUUUUUAAAUAGGAGACUUUCAGAUCAAGCCCCAAAGGUAUAGGCACUAGCAGAGUUCCAGGUGGAGAGGGGGAUUUACACGGUGUGGCUCUGGGCUCACUUCCUGUCAGGUGGGGGCAUUCGCUGAGGGUGAGGAUGGUCAAAAUGAAAUAAAGGGUUAAAAAAAUCUGAUCUGGGACUUUUCCCUCAGUGAGAAGAUCUAAGAGCUUCCGGUGAAGGAGGACACCAUCCUAUAACUUUAAUGGCUAUCUGGGCCCAAAUGAAGACUAUUGUUUUGUUUGCAUGUUUUUAUCAUAAUGAUUAAAAUGUGUUACUGGCCGAUUCAUCUCUUGCUUUCCAAGCAUGAUUUGUUCAGCUCACAUUCUUGGAAAAAAAGCCAAAAUGCAUCUAUUGAAUCUAUCGGUGAGCUUGGGUCUUGGCAACAUCCUAUUUAUUUGCUAUAUAACAGUUUAAAUUUAUGUAACUUGCUAUUUGCUUUUCUGGUCCUUCAAACAAAAGGUGGAUAUACACAUCUACCCAGAGAGAAGAGAGAUAUUUCCAGUCCUGUAGUGGUAGGUCCAAACCGUGGUG